CGCCAUCUCGUCUCCUCCGCACUUCACCUUGUUCUCCUCUGGCGUGUGCAGUGCAGUCACAGCUUAUUAGCUCGGAACAACAACACUUUUACUUCUACUCACCCGCGUGUCCGCGAAGCCAUAGCGCAGUCUUGCUCGGCUAUUUCUUCCACUAAGUUGUUUCAACUCGCGUGAAUUUGCGUCGGGCAGACUAACUCUUAACUUUGAAUCAGUGCGUUCGUGUGAGAAGGAGGAGGAGGUGGACCCCGCACUCACUCGAGCUUCGCUCACUCAGCCACUCGCUCGCUCCCUGCCGGUCUUUUGUAUCCAGCAGUUGCGUGUACAUGCUCGGCCACAGGCGUUCCAUGAGGGGCACCUUCUUCCAGCCUUCCUGCGGGGAUUCUUUACACGUAGAAGAGGGAUAACCCCAACUUCCACUGCUACUUCUUGUACUGCCACCACCACCACCACCACCACCACCACUACCACUCCAGCCAGGCUCCGCGGUGCGCUUUGGAUUGUAAAGUCGAGAAAAGCACCCCCGUACCCCGGUGCGCCACAGCCGCGCGACCCCACCUCCUGUCUUUUUGCCAUGGAUGUAGGUUUUUACCCCAAUGCCGGUGGAAAUGCUAUUCCCGGAGACUCGCCCAACCUGGAUUUCUCUCACUGUUUGGGAUACUACAACUUCAACAAGUUCCCGAACAACAACAACUACAUGAACAUGUCAGAAGCGAACAGUGCCCUGCUGACUGCUGGUGAUACCUUUCACACACCCAGUCUGGGGGACGAGGAGUUUGAGAUUCCUCCCAUCACACCUCCACCGGAAAUGGAGUCUGGCCUCGGCCUGUCUGAUGGUGAUUCUCCUUUCCAUACCAUGCCGGAGCCUCCGGGCCAGCACAGGAGCUCCUUGAUCCCUCAGUUUCCCCCUCAGAGCUUGGAUCUGCCCUCCAUCACCAUCUCGCGCAACAUGAUGGAGCAGGAAGGGAUGGGGAUGAGCAACAGCCAACCGGUGAAUGUUGGACCCGCCCAUCUCCGUCAGUACACGGGUAACCCAGCCAUGCUGAUGAAGUCCAUUGCCAAUAUGAGUGGUCCCAACGGGAUGAUCUCGCGGAAUCAGCUGACCACCAUCAACCAAUCACAUCUCAACACGCAACUAAACCUGAACAUGGGCGGACCCAGCAUUGCCCACACUUCGCCAUCACCGCCGGCCAGCAAGUCCGCAACACCAUCGCCCUCCAGCUCCAUCAACGAAGAUGACCAAGAUGACAGCAACAGGGUGGUCGGUGAAAAGCGACCGGCACCUGUCGAUCCCACUAAAAAGCCCAAGACACCUAAAAAGAAAAAGAAGAAGGAUCCCAACGAGCCUCAGAAGCCGGUUUCAGCUUACGCGCUAUUCUUCCGAGACACGCAGGCCGCCAUCAAGGGUCAGAACCCCAACGCCACGUUUGGCGAAGUAUCCAAGAUCGUGGCGUCCAUGUGGGACGGUCUUGGGGAGGAGCAGAAACAGGUGUACAAAAGCAAAACAGAAGCUGCCAAGAAGGAGUACUUGAAGGCCCUGGCAGCAUACCGUGCUAGUCUGGUCUCGAAGGCUGCGGCAGAAUCCGCGGAGGCCCAGACCAUCCGGUCUGUGCAGCAGACCCUGGCCUCCACCAGCCUCUCUCCGGGCCUGGUACUGCCCUCGCCUCUCAAUCAGCACCCAUCCAUGCCCUCGGCCUCCCAGGCCCUCCAGCAAGCCUUGCCCCGAGCCAUCGCCCCCAAGCCCCUGCAGAUGAGACUAGGAGGGAGUCAAAUCGUCACCUCAGUCACUGUUUCCCACCAGAACAUGUCCCCGGGGAUGCCCCAAAUGCUCGGCCAGAUGGGCUCCACCGUGACCAUGGCGCAUCCAGCACCCGUGUCGCAGAUGAGCCCGCCCAUGCAACAUCAGCAGCAGCAUACCAUGCAGCAGCAAAUGCAGCAGCACCUCCAGCACCACCAGAUGCAGCAGCAGCAGAUGCACCACCAACAGAUCCAGCAGCAGAUGCAGCAUCAGCACUUCCAGCACCACCUCCAGCAGCAGCUCCAACAGCACCACAUCCACCAACAACAACAGCAGCAGCAGCAGCAGCAGCACUUGCAAAUGCAGCACAUGCAAAUGCAGCAGCAAAUGCAUCAGCAGCAAAUCCAACAUCUCCAACAACACCAGUCCCAGUGUUCUCCACCGCAGCAUUCACCCGGUACGCCCCAUUCUGUGGGCUCUGCGUCACUUGGCAGCCCUCAGCCGGCCCCCCAGCAGCAGAACCCUCCUCCGCCGCAACACCCCUCUCAGAUCCAGGCCCACGCCCAGGUUCUUUCCCAAGUCAGUAUUUUCUGAGCCAAAAUCCUGCAAGGACAUUUGAAUAAAAGCAACGGUCCAGGUUGCUUUUCAGCGUUGCACUUAACAAGUGUGUCACAUUUUAGAAUGUUAUACCAAGAAGAACUGGUGUCCAUUGGUUUAGACGGACGUGCACUUGCGUGGAAAUGUGAGGCCAAUGGGGGAGGGGGUUUAAUAGGGUGUCGUCCAAGCUCGGACUGCGUUUACAGAUACUCCCUAACUUACGAACAAGUUACGUUUCAGUUGUAAUUAUGCCAUUUCUCAAUUGUUAAUACGUAUCCCUUAGCUUACGUUUUUCAUUGAAAACAAAGUCAAUACAAUCUCAGUAGUAUGUGCUUCUUAAUACUAAAAUACAUUUUGAUAACAAAUACAAUACCUUGACUUACGAGUUGAAGUUGGCUAAUGACUCAGCUCGUAACUCAGUUUAAUCUUGUCUCAAAUAGUUAGUUGUAGGACCCUGGGGAGGUGUUGUAUUCACGUUUCUGAAGCUCGUUGGUACUUGAAAUUUUCUGACCCGUCACAGAGCAAAAUAAUCGACUGAGCGAUGACUCAAAGCUUGGAGAGCUCGUUGACCGGUGGAAUCGUAAGUCAAGGUACCACACCACUGCACUGUAAUCAAAUCAUCAUACUUUUGAGGUGACGACUAGGGGAUAAGUGGUGUUAACUUCAUACUUUUUGUGUUUAAUCAGUCAGAGUUUCUUCAGCGUGAGUUUAUUUAACAUCCAGCAGUUAUUUAUCUUUUUUAGGUAGACGUCACGAUACUGAAGAAAUCCUCCAAGGGAGUUUGCGCCACUUUUUUAUUUUUCUCUUUAUAAACGCAUCAGUUGUUAGUCAUGAACACUCGAAAGCAUUGAGAAACUUUCAGUGUUGGAAUCCUGAUGCUCAAAUGUACACAGAUAAGUCUGGAACACAAAUGUCAUUAUCUCAAACUUCUUGGACGGAAGACGUUCCUCUUCUUCGUGGUCUUCAUUUACUUGCAUCUUUACAGUCAAUCUAGGUGCUGCUCAGCAUGGCUUGCAGCAAAAUCUGGUACACUUAAGGUACACCACUCAAAAUUCAGACUUGCAGUACCAUAUAUGUGUGUGUGUGUGUAUGUAUAUAUAUAUAUAUAUAU